AGGAGCAACUGGAGUUCGGGAUAGGCCACCAUUGUUGCCUGCGUCGGGCAGAGUGAACGACUGAGCGACGUCGUAUUUAAUACUCGAAUCUCUGCAUUUGCAAUGCUACUUCGUGCUUGCACUGCAAACCUCCUUUGGUCUCUGCACGCCGUUUUCAACACCCAUCAGUCUCAUCGUCUUCACCCAUUUCCCAUUUGCCUCAAGUUCUAUUCUUUGGCCCCACCCCAGGUUUAUGGCCACUUGGUCGACAAUUGUAGCGAUUUUUUGCCAUGGUUGGAGCGGAAAGCUGGUUCUAGGAUUUCGUCAUCGCUAUCGAUUGGGAAUUCUUCAUACGGAAGGUCUCUGUUUGCUUCUAAGAUAAUACAAACUGGAGAUUGCAUUUUAAAGGUUCCUUUCAGUGCGCAAAUAACUGUGGAUAAUCUCCUUCCUGAAAUCAGAGCUUUAAUCGCCGAGGAAGUUGGAAAUAUUGCGAAACUUGCCAUUAUUAUUCUAAUUGAGCAGAAAUUGGGUCAGGGCUCUGAGUGGGAUCCUUAUAUCAGCUGUCUUCCACGGCAGGGAGAGCUGCAUAAUACGAUAUUUUGGAAUGAAAGUGAGUUGGAGAUGAUUCAUCAAAGUUCAGUUUAUCAGGAAACUAUUAACCAAAAGUCUCAAAUUGAAAAGGACUUUUCGGCAAUCAGCCCUGUUUUUGAAUGUUUCUGUCAAAGUCUUGGAGAUUUUACUUACAAGGACUUCAUGCAUGCUUGCACACUAGUUGGUUCUCGAGCAUGGGGAAGCACAAAGGGUUUAUCUCUGAUUCCAUUUGCAGAUUUUUUAAACCAUGAUGGGAUUUCAGAAGCAAUUGUAAUGAGUGACGAGGACAAACAAUGCUCAGAAGUUACGGCAGAUCGUAACUAUACUCCUGGUGAACAGGUACUAAUAAGUUAUGGAAAGUUUUCAAAUGCUACAUUGAUGCUGGACUUUGGUUUUACAAUUCCGCAAAACAUUUAUGAUCAGGUUCAGAUCCAGUUUGAUAUACCUAAGCAUGAUCCACUGCAUGACAUGAAGUUGGAACUCUUGCAGCAAAACUCUGUGCCUCCAAACAGAGAUAUGAAGGACUUGAAGUACUCUGUGAAUUCCUUCACAAUCAAGGAAGUGAGGUCUGCUAGGGGAAAAGGAAAGGGUCUUCCACAAUCACUUCGUGCACUUGCUCGUGUUCUUUCUUGUACCACUCCUCAGGAACUUAACGAUUUGAUGAUGGAAGCUGCACAAAAUGAUGGUCGGAUGGCUAGACGCCCUCUACAGGAUAUCAACAAAGAGAUUCAAGCACACAUGAUGUUGUCAUCAUUUUUCACUCAAUUAAUUGAGGAGCGCAAUGCAACUAUUAUGGCAUUGGAUUCUUGUAAUUCUCCCUCCAUGUGUGAAAGAGUUGCUGUUAGAAGACUAAUGGCUCGUGAUCUCCUACAUGGUGAGCUUCGCAUUCUCAAAUCCGCUUCUGCCUGGUUGGACAACUACUGCUUUUCCUUGAUUUGAUGAUCAGUUAAUGGCUACAACCACAGCACUAUCAGAAAGGACAAGUAGGAAAUAGCAUAUUUUUGGUUUUUGUUAUAUAACAAAAUAUCAGUUAACAAUAUCCUCAACGCUGGCACACACACACACAAUUUUUUCUUUAAA